AUGAGGCUGACAUCUGUUAUCCUGGGCCUGGCCGCUUUUGCCGGAGCCUCUCCAUCCAAGAUUCUAGAGGCACGCCAAUCUGUCGGAGAUGGGCCCUUUGGCCCAGCUGGCUUCCAAACCCACGCCAGCCUGCCCCGCCACACCAUCUACCGCCCCAACAAUGCCGCCGCCGCGGGCGCCAUGCCCGUCUUCAUCUGGGGCAACGGCGCCUGUUCGGGCGACGGCACGUCUGCGCGCAACUUCCUGGCCCAGAUCGCGUCUUACGGCUUCCUGGUCGUGUCUCAGGGCGUGCCCGGCGGCGGCGGCUCGACGACCAUCGACCAGAUGCGUGAGGCCGUUACCUGGGCCGCCAACGGGGCCGGUGGCGCCUUCAACGUCGAUAGGACAAAGAUCAUGACCGCCGGCUACAGCUGCGGCGGAACAGAGGCGUAUGCCUUUAUCGACGACGCGCGCGUCUCGUCCAUUGGGAUUUACAACAGCGGCAUGCUGGGCAACUAUGACCAGGCCAAGACUAUCCGCAAGCCGGUUAUUAUUGCUCUCGGUGGCCCAUCUGAUAUCGCUUACCCGAAUGGAGAGCGUGACUACAACAACAUCCCCGCCAGCACGCCCACCUGGAAGGGAAACCUGAACCGGGUCGGGCACGGCGGCACGUACGGCGAGGCCAACGGCGGGCUGUACGCCAAGGCCACAUACAAGUGGCUGCAGUGGCAGUUCAAGGGCGACCAGAGCGCCGGUGCCUACUUUGUCGGCAACGCUGCUUUGUCGGACGGCUGGAACAACAUCGCCAGCAAGAGCAUCAACGUCGGCGGGACCACGCCCGGCAACCCUCCCCCGACCACUACUAACCCACCUACCACCCCUCCGCCCUCGACCAACUGCGCCGGUUUGUACGGUCAGUGUGGAGGAAGCGGAUGGUCUGGCCCGACCUGCUGCAGCCAGGGUACAUGUCGGGCUUCUAACCAGUGGUACUCUCAGUGCCUGUAG